CCAGUCUCACAACAAGCAUGGCGGAUGCCGAUUCACUCUACGAGCUUAGCUCGGAUCAAGACGUUGAUCCUGAUGCAAUGGACGGUGAUGUUGAAAAUGAUGACACUGCCGAUGAUGGUGUCCUGGAUGCUGCAAGGAGAAAGAGUAAGAAGAAGAAGCUGAGACGUCCAAGAGGAAUUGAGAAAUCUAGCGGAGAUUCUGACAGCCAGACCAUGAGUGAGGACCAAGAUGGCCAUGAUGUUCAUCAUUAUCAUCACCAUCAUCAUCAUGAUGGACAUGUACACCAAGUGAAGAAAAAGGAGGAUAUGAAUCAUAUGUCAGGAUCUGGAGCAGAGGCAGACACUGAAGGUCAGGGGUCACAGAUGGACUACAACCCAAGCAAGAAGGACACAAAGGCAGGAAAAGAGGUUAAAGUGCAAGAAGAGAAACCCCAGGCUACAGUGCCUGAUGUUCCAGCUCUGAGUCGCGCCCAGAUUCAGAAGACAGUGAAGGAGUUAGAGAUGUUAUCUAUGGUGGCGGGGGCAGCGCCUAAAAGCAUGGAUGAAGCGGCCAAGAAAAGAUACCAGUUCUGGGAAACGCAACCAGUGCCUAGAAUUAAUGAGAAAGUGGUAGGAAAUGAACAGAUUGAGCAAGAUAAACCAACAGAUGAAAUCCGUCAGGAGACAUACUCAUUACCACAAGGGUUUAGAUGGGAUACACUGGAUAUCAGUGACCCUCUUAUUUUAAAGGAGUUGUACACAUUGUUAAAUGAAAAUUAUGUGGAAGAUGAUGACAACAUGUUUAGGUUUGAUUACUCACCGGAAUUCUUACAAUGGGCCCUACAGCCGCCAGGAUGGUUAAAAGAUUGGCACUGUGGAGUGAGAGUUAUAAAGAGUGGCAAGCUAGUUGGUUUUAUUAGUGCUGUACCUGCUCACAUUAAAAUAUACGACAAAGACAAACAUAUGGUAGAAAUUAAUUUCUUGUGUGUUCACAAAAAAUUACGGUCAAAGCGUGUAGCUCCGGUACUGAUUCGAGAGAUUACAAGACGUGUUCAUCUAAAAGGUCUCUUUCAAGCAGUGUACACGGCAGGGGUGGUUUUACCUAAACCGGUAGCAUGUUGUAGAUACUGGCACAGAUCAUUAAAUCCAAAGAAGUUGAUUGAGGUGAAAUUUUCACAUCUAACUAGAAACAUGACUAUGCAGCGUACGCUGAAACUCUACAAGUUACCUGAUGCCACAAAGGUUCCAGGAUUCCGCCCAUUCACACCAGCUGAUGUUACUGACACUUUCAAACUUCUUUCUCAAUAUUUGAGGGGUUUAGAUCUGGCUCCAGUUUUCACAGAAGAGGAAUUCCGUCACUGGUUUAUACCUAGGAAAGGAAUCAUAGAUAGUUAUGUAGUUGAGAACAAUGGAACAAUUACAGAUUUUGUUAGUUUCUACACUCUACCUUCUACUGUGAUGCAUCACCCUGUACAUAAAUCUUUGAAAGCAGCCUACUCUUUUUACAACGUCAGUACAGUGACGCCAUGGGUUGACCUGAUGCAAGAUGCGCUCAUUAUUGCGAAAAACACCGGUUUUGAUGUAUUUAAUGCCCUAGACUUGAUGCAGAACAAAUUAUUCUUGGAGAAACUCAAGUUUGGAAUUGGGGAUGGCAAUCUACAAUAUUACCUUUAUAACUGGAGAUGUAUGCAGAUGGAACCUAAUCAGGUUGGGCUUGUGUUGCAAUGAAAGGGAUAUCAGAACCUUAAUGGAUGAUUUCAGUAAGAGGAUUAACAUAGACUGGAGAGGAUUGACACAGACCAGAGAGGGAAGUCUCUGUAAUGUGAUACAUGUACACUUUCUUAUAGAUCAAACAAUUCCUUCAGUAAAAUGGAGUGGUUUCACUGUAUACAACCUGUGAUGUUGAAAAUACUGUGCAAUCUUUUAAGUUAAUUUUCAGUUUCAUUGUCAUGUAGCUUUACCAAUUUGUAUUUGAUUGCAUAGAAGUGUGUAACUGUGCUCCUGCUAACACUACUUUGGUAAUGUAAGAUAUCCAAGGGAGGCAGCUCUUUGUAAACUGUAAACAUCAGUGGUUUUCUUGUUAAAUAUAUUACAUAAAAUCGGAAAUAUUCAACAGGAUUGACACCGUAUUUUUGGGUAAUUGAACUUUUUUGAUCUUUUGGAGAAAAUUAUUAAAAUUGGAUUUCGAUUUCUUCUAUUUCUUUCUGCUGUGUAAAAGUUCUAUCACAAAAAAACUCAGAUAUGACAGUAUAUGUACUUAAUUCAGGUCUACAGUAUAUGUAUGUAAUAUAGGUAUCAGUAUUCAAGGACUGAUCAAUUACACUACUGUUUGGUGUCGCAAAAUGCCAGAAAAUGUUUACAUGACCUGAACUUUGUCGGGUUGUAUACAGUGAUUAUAGUGAAUAUUGAGAUUACUAAUACGUGAAAGUGGCCAUAGGCAAUAUAUUUGUAUCUUGAUAGUGAGUCGGAAGGUUUGAAUUGCAGUAUGACAGUUUCACCGACAUGAAACCUGUUUUGAGAAAAAAUCAUCAAAAUACAUGUUAAAUGUGUGUUGCAAAUAUUUGUUUUUGCCUAAUUCAAUGUUAACUAGUUGUAUAAAAAAAGGAAAUAUUUCUAAGAUAAAUACAUAUCUCUUCCACAGUUUUUAUUAAGAUGUCUGGUAUAACGAUGGGUUCACAUCAUAUUUUCUUUAUGGCUUGGGUGCAUAGACUGUCUCAGUUUGUUAAUUUGAAAAGAAU